UUUCAGUGGUCUCAAUAUGUAUGCCAGUUGUGGAGCGGAUGUUACAGAGAGAUUGAAGACUGCCUGUGACAAGACUGAAUUGAAACAGACCAUAGUAGAUAACAAAGGUUCCCUAAGAAAUUCCAUGUCUGAAAGAGACAUUGGGACAUGUCUGAAUGAUGAAUGCGAAAUACAGUUAGCGGCACUAGUUGAGCAAUGCUAUCUGAAAGAUAUACAAUACCAGAUGUAUGACUCAUGGGGCUGCAGAAUAUAUAACAUAUUGUGGCACUGUGUGAAAUCGGGACUACCAUCUGGUACAACAUGUAGUGAUAAAGUGAUAAGAAGCCAUCUUUUCGUGAAAUUAUACAAACCAUAUGACUAUUUUAACAACCAGUGGACAAACUGUACUGUGACUGCUGAAAGACCUGUCGUCUGCAACGAUACUGAAAUGAUAAUCAAGUUAACAGAGAACACUUGCUAUCGAUCAUUUGAGAUGCUACGAAAAACUUGCAGUGACUCAACUAGAAAUAAUGCUACGGAAUGUGUGGAGAGCAUCAUACGUCGCUUUGCCGAAACCUGUGAUGAUGAUACGGUGAAAACUCAAGCAAUUAUGGCUCUCGUAAAGAAAGACAGAAUGUGGGGUUCCUCGCUUGUUGAAGAGUGUUUUGAAGACAUUGGAAGAGAUGGCUUUUGCCCACUUCAGCAGACAGCUUCAGUUGAACAUUGCCGAGUCUGUGACAGUUGGGAACAUGAUGAAUGCGUUAUUGAUGUAGGGUGUCCGGAACAGACAAAGUGUUGCCAUGACGGAUGCAGUAGGAAAUGCCUUCCAGUAGCCACGCAGCCAAUUACACUUGAAUCUACAGUUCUGUUAAGGGAAGAGAUGUGGAAAGAUGAGUAUUAUAACCCACAGAAUGCAGAAUUACAAGCUAUUGUGGUGGAAUAUCAGCCAGUUAUCAAUGAGUUGAUGGAAUUCCUUGGAGACUCUGUUUCUACUGUCAGUCCUAAUAUCAUGCUGCGGAGAUCGUACAGUGCAGAAGAUGGAAAAAUUGAAGCACAUUUUGAAUAUGAAUCUUUCGUGGACAUGCAGAAAAUAGACCAGAGGAUUAAAGAAUUCUUCAGAAGCAAUGAAAAUAUUGAAUUUUUUUACACUUUUGUAAAGCCUCAAGAUACUCCAGAAAAGGAAGGAACUUGCCCCUCACAUUUCUUUUACGAGGAGGGUCAUAGCUAUUGCUGCUCUGACAAUUCUUGUUCUGGUGAUAUGAAAUGUUGUGAGAAUGGAUUUAGAGAGCGCAAGUGUGUAACACCUUAUAAAGAAAAACUAGAGCAGUGCAAUAAUACAGAGGUAAUUCAAGAUGCCCAGCCUGGGUGUGGACUGGAUCUGGGACAAAUUUCCACUUACACUUGUGGGGUGCUUUUUACGAAGAUGAAAUGUGUCCUUGACAGUAUAAACCAAGAUCGUCCCGAAUUCACAGACUGUUUAAUUGGAAAUUUGAGAGACACAAUUAAUCGGACAUUAUUAACUGAUGCAAAUUGGCGGAAACUCUAUGAUUGUAGAGAGUUUGAGCUGCAAAUAACAGUUGAAAUUGAAAAUUGCAACACAACCAGUCCUGCAUUUAUAAGAUUCAAAGAUAGAAUGGAUAAUGUAACUGCAAAUUUGGAUGGUUUCAGACUCCGACAAGCGUUCUGCAGAUAUCAAAAAUACAGGAACAGAGGACGCUUCUAUUCUUACAAGAAUGAAUACAUUCUACAAGAGGAAAUCUCCCAGGACUUAAAUGAUGAUAUUGCAAGAAGGAGACGCCAGGCAGGAGAAGAUUUAAUGCCUUAUGUAGAUGUGAAACCAGUGAACUGGUAUAGGAAUGAGUGGUGUGGUAAUGAAGAAGUAUCAAAAAGGUUUUGGCUUGCAUGUGCUAAAGAAAAAGCUUUUGUGCAGUAUGAAGACUACAGAAAAUGUGGCCCAGCUUUUGAGUUCUUUGAUUGUGUCAAAGAUAAGUAUUGGAGAUUUGAACAGAGACAGACAGAUAGUGAUUGUGAAAUGCCUGAUGAAGUAUUUAUUGGUGAGGUCCUACCAUACUUACAGACACAAUUAGAAGACACGGAGAUGAACAAGAAAUAUCUGGAGAAAUUACAGAUGUAUAAUCCCACGACUUGUGUUGAUCAGGACUCUGACAUGGAUCCCUGUUACGACAAAAGUCUGCGUGAUGAGGCAUACAGCUCCUGCGCAGUAGAAAUUCCUGUUGAUAUUGUUGAUGGUGUCUUUUCUCAAGAAAGCUGCAGGCAAUUCUACAAGCUGUCAUCUUGCGUAACUGUAAGAUUAAGAAGCUAUGGAUCAUGGUGUGAUUUCAAUGGUACUGAUGAAUUUGUAUACAGAAGUAUCCGAGACAGUUACACUAAUCCCAAUAUAUUGUCGGAAUAUUAUGAUGGUGUCUUGAUGACGUGUGAAGAAUACAAACCUGUGUGUAGUGCAGCUUACAUUAGCAACAGCAGACAUAACAAGUGUGGACAAGAAUUCUACGGCUAUGGUCGAGACAUGAAAACCUUAACAUGCAGUGAAGAGGAUGGAAGAAUGAUAUUCAAAAGGUUUAUAUCGUGUCUCGCUAUCCAUGCAUUGUUUAUGAAAGAGGAUGACUGUACCGUCUCCAAAAUAAUUGAUAUAAUAAACGAGGACCUGUAUCAGUUAGGCAUGUUCAACGAAACCCUUGAUAUCAACAUUUGUCUACCAGCGGAAGCUCAGAAUGCACUGGAGAAUGAAUUGAUUCGAGGUGAUAACUUGUGCACGUCAAGCAUUUUUGUAAACUAUGUGGCUAACAGCUGUUUUAUGAUGGAUGAACAUAGUGUUUGCCGGAAUAUGAAAGACAUCAACUCUUCAGCAUCUUGCAGCUUCCUGACUCAAGUAAUGACAUGUGCCAAACAAAACAUUUCACAUUCAGUUGGGGUAGAAUGCAACAUGGGUGACCUGAUUAAAACUGAAAUGCCAGAGAACUCCUUGUUCUCGGUUCCAGGCUGGAACAGAUCAGGUUGUGCAGAAAAAGUGGAGUAUAAAAACUGUGUCAAGGAUGCUUUGAGUGAAAAUUUCUUCGACGCCAUGCACUGCACUAAAGCCAGUAUUUCCAGUGCUAAUUUCACCUAUGGAAGUGAAGCACGGCACUGCAGAAUGUUGGAAUAUACACUGACAUGUUUGAAGUCCCUUGUUCCCACAGAAUGUACGUAUGACAGUGACACACAAAUAUAUGAUGAGUAUAUAAGCUUACUGGAGUACCUGGCAGUUGACAGAAGUAUCAGAUACUGUUACGACUACCACAAACCUGAUCCAUUCCCGAAAUGUGAUGUACCAACAACUUUACCAGUUGGAGGAAAUAACUGCUCCAAUGAAAAUUUUGUAACAGACAUUGUGAUUGGCUACUGUGGAAGAGAAUUCACCAGUCGUACGGCUCCUGCUCGAGGAAAUGCAACCGUACCAUGCUUAGUGUAUUCAGAACUACUUGACUGUGGAGUAAAUGCUACACAAAUGUUCCUCCCUGUAAUGGACAAAGGGAAGAUGUUCUGUAUGAAGGAGGAGGUCAAUAAUGCCUUACAGGAAAACAGUGAUACAGUCAAAGCGGCUCUGUCUGUGAAUCCAAAAGACUGUCAAGACGUCGACAGAGAUGGCUUUUGCCCACUUCAGCUAGCCACUGCAAUAUGCCGGGUCUGUCCCUAUAAUGAAACUAAUGAGUGUGUGAUUGAUUCGAGUUGUCCAAAUGGGACAAAGUGUUGCACAGACGGAUGCAUAAUGAAAUGUCUGCCAAAAGCCACACAGCCAAUUGCGUUGGAAACCACGGUUGUGUUGAUGAAUGAGAUAUGGAAAGAGUACUACAAUGUCACCUCAAAUUUAGAAAGAAACAUUCUUGUUAACAAAUACCAGGGAAUUGUAAACAAUUUGAUGGAAUCUCUGAAUUGGUAUGUAGAUACAGACAUACCUGACACAACAUUUAGGAGGUCUUAUAAAGAAGAUGGAAAAGUUGAAUUAGCUUUUCAAUAUCACUCUUAUGUUGACCAGUAUAAGAUGGAAAGCAUGAUUAAAGAGUACUUCAUUGACAAUAUGUUAAAUAUCAGACUGAUUAGCACAGUUAUACAGUCAAGUGACAAACUGGAGAAGGAGGGUACAUGUCCAUCAUACUCCUUUGACAAUCACAACAGGUACCAGUCAUGCUGUUCGGACUACUCUUGCAGCGGUGAUAUGAAGUGUUGUCAGUUUGAUUACUAUCAGUACAGUUGUGUACCUCCUAUCAAAGGAGACGUAAAGAAGUGCAACAAUACAGAUAUAAUAGAAGGGGCUCUGCCUGAAUGUAACCUAGAUCUAGAAAAUAUUGCCUCAUAUAGUUGUGGGGAUCUUUUUAUGAAGAUGGAAUGUGUCCUUGACCGUAUAAAUGAAGGUCGUCCACAAUUUACAGACUGUGUAAUUGGAAAUUUGAGGGACACAAUUAAGUCACUCUUACCACCAAAUGGCAGAGAUGCAAGUGCCCAGAGACUCUUCGAUUGUAAAAAGUUUGAGCUGCAAAUAAGUGUUGAACUUGAGAAUUGCAACACAAGCACUCCUGAAUUUAAAACAUUCAAAGAUAAAAUGGAUGCUGCACAUGCAAAUUUAGGCGAUUUCAGACUGAAGCAAGCAUUUUGCCGAUUCAAGAAAUACAAGAACAUUGGACGCUUCAGUUCUGACGAGGAGGAUACGCUUCGAGAACAAAUCUAUCAGGACUUUAAAGAAAAUGAAAAUGAAAAUAAUACAAGAAAGAGACGUCAAGCAGGAACAACUUUGAUACCAGAUAUAGAUGUGACCCGAGUGGACUUGUAUGGAAGGGACUGGUGCAAUAAUGCUGAGAUGCUACAACAUUUUGGGCUCCAGUGUGCAAAAGAAAAUGUGUACAUGAACUAUGAUUCCUUUAGAAGAUGCAGCCCAGCUUUUGACUUCUUUGAUUGCAUCAAAAGAAAGACUUGGGAUUUGCCUAUGCGAGAUACAUACAAAGGUUGUGAAAUGCCUGAUGAGUUAUUUAAGGCUCUCCUUCCAUACUUACGCACCAAAUUAGAAUUCACAGAGAGGAACAUGAAAUAUGUGGAUAAAUUAGAGAUGUAUAAUCCAGAGACUUGUGUGGAUCGCAGCUCUGAUAAGGAUCCAUGCUAUGAUGACAUCCUGUUUGAGGACGCCUACAACUCAUGUGGAGAGAAAUAUUCUGUCAUUCUUGACAGUGGUGUCUUUACUCCAGACAACUGCAGGGAAUUCUACAAGCUGUCAUCUUGUGUAGCAGUAAAGCUGCGAGGUUUUGGAUCACAGUGUUCCUUCUAUACCAUUGAAGACUUUGUAUACAUAAAAAUAAGAUACAAUUACACUUAUCCUGACAUGUUACCUCAUGCGUAUUAUAUGCUGAAAUGUGAAGAAUAUAAACCGGUGUGCAGUGCAUCAUAUAUCAGUGGCAGUGGGGUGGUGCGUACAAGAGAAUAUAACCCCUAUGGGAUAGACGCCUCAACAUGCAGUAAUGCAAUGGGAAGGAUGAUGUUCAAACGGUUUAUAUCGGGUCUGGCUAUUGAUGCGUUGUUUAUGAAAGAGGAAGACUGUACAGUAUCCAAAAUAAUUGAAAUAAUAAACAAAGACAUUUAUCAGUUGAGCAUGUUCAACGGAACCGUUAAUACCACCAUGUGCCUACCAGUGGAAGCACAAAAUGACCUGGACCAAGAAUUGACACUUGGCCCUGAUUUGUGUACAUCAGGAAUAUUUGUAGAACAUGUAGCUCAAAAUUGUGUUCAGAUUGAUGAAGACAAUAAAUGUUAUGGUAGAACUUUGGAACACUUUAAUGCAUCAGCAUCUUGUAGCUUCCUGACUCAUGUUAUGGGAUGUACAAAACAAAACAUCACAAAAGGAAUUGGCAUAGAAUGCAGUCUUGAUAACCUAAUUAGCACCAAAAUGCCAGAGAACUCCACCCUAACAGUGCCAGAUUCAGUCAGAUCAAACUGUACAAAGGAAAUCGAGAAUGAUAACUGUGUAAGGGAUGCCUUCAUGGACAAUUUCCAUGAUGUAAUGCACUGUACGAAAGCCAGUUACAUCAGCAUGAACUUCUAUGAGAAACAAGAUGGAAAGCACUGCCGAAUGUUGAAAUAUACACUGACGUGUCUGAAGUUCCUAAUCCCCACAGAAUGUACAUUCGAAGAGCCGCUAAAUGAGAAUGAUUCCCUAGACAAACAAAUAUAUCUCGAGUUUGUCAAGUUAUUAGAAUAUAUGGAAGUUGAGAGAAAUGUUGGAAAUUGCUACAAUAAAUCUCAGCCAAGGCCAUUCUCAGAAUGUGAUGCUCCAGCAGCUUUACCAAGUGAAGGGAAUGACUGCUCUGAUCCGGACUUUGUAAACGACGUUGUAAUUGGACACUGUGCAAAGAGAAUUGCUAAUCGGACAUCGGUUGCUUAUGGAAAUGAAGCUGCACUUUGCUUAGCAUAUUCGGAACUCCUCAACUGUGGUGUAAAUGCUACAAAACUGUUCUUACCAAGGAACGGGGACAAGGAGACAUCCUGCUCACGGGCAGAAGUUAACGAUGCCUUGCAAGAAAAAUCUGAUGCAGUUAAAGAAGCUUUGGGUGUGUCCCCCUCAGAUUGCCAAGGUGAAUGCUACCUUGACAUGGAAGAGACUGUGAAUGACUGUGUCAAUCUAACACUUGGGCUUGGGCAAUAUUACGACCACAUGGCAUGGAAGAGAACAUGCAGGGCAUAUCAUUAUGCUUAUCAAUGUAUAAACCAAGCUAAGCCUGAUUGUAAUGCGGAUUUGAAAAAGAUGGCAUUGGAUACAGCAAUUGAAAAGUAUGAGGAGCAAUACAGAUACAAGUAUUGUGAAGAUCCCAGAUAUGCGGUGCAAUUGGAUAUGUGCAGUAAUUUGACUGACCUCAUAGAGGUUUCCGGUUCCUGUGAAAUUUAUGUUAGAUUUCUGGUUAACUCUUCAGUGAAUGUUCAGUCUGCUGGACAGUGCAAAAACCAGACAGACCUGAUUGAUUGCAUGAAUAAAUCUCUGGAAACAUUCAUGGGCAUACCAGCAGAUCCAGAAGAGGAAAUAUGUGGUUUUGGAACCAGUGAAAUAAUUGGGAAGGCCUCACUGCUGAUUGCUCAAAGGAUGUUCAGAUAUGACAGUCAAGACUUGGGAAUGCAUUUGGCUACAGUGAAAGCUUGUUUCGGAAUGGAAGAUAGACCAGGUUUCUGCCCAUACAUAGAAAACAUGUACACUCCUGAAGGGGGCAUAAGUAAUUGUGCUGGAGAUGAUGACUGCAAAGAUUCCGAACACAAGUGUUGUUAUAAUGGUUCAGCUCUUACCUGUAGGGCUCCAUACACAAUACGAGAAUUGUUUGAGGUCAUGAUAAAGCUGUAUGAUGUGGAAUUUGAAGAUGUGUAUGAAGAUGACUGGUAUGCAAACGAAACGCAAGAAAUGAUCGCAGAGCACUUGGAGUGGGUUGAGGAUAUUUGUACGGAGCAGGGUUGGGAGUGUGAUGACUUUAGGUUGGAAAGAAAUAAAAUGUAUUACAGGAAGAGGAGACAAACUUCUGAUACCAUUACAACUACAAAUAUGCGUUUUAAUGUCAAGUCAUUUAACAGUCCGAAAGGUGUCCUACAACGAGAGAUAAAGAUGGAUAACAAAAAUUACGAUCUUUCUGUUGAUUUCUCUCCUCGUGAGACUGAGGGCAUGUGUCCAAUGAGUAACAGUUACGGUAAUUGCAGCAGUGAUAACAAGUACUGUUACAAUGAUCAUCAGUGCAGAGUUACACACGGUUACUGGCACAAAUGCUGCGAUCAUGAUUACUGUGGCAACCGGUGCGUGAACAUUGGAGAUCCAGAUAAAUGCAAGCCCUUGUUUGAUGAUUUCUGGGAUGAAUGUACAGUUGAUAUUGAUUUGAAGGAUUUUGAAUCAGUUCUCAGCUAUGAGCAGUGGAAUAAAGGACAGUGCAGUGACUUGGAUUCAAUCUCAAGAUGUAUCACUGACAAGGAUAAAGAGAAAAUGUGUAGCUACUCUUUCUUUAGUGACCAAGCCUUCAAGAAUAUUAUUUGGGAAUCUGAUAAAAAUCCUGACAACUAUGGUUACCCUAAAGAGUGUGCAGAACAACCAGAAACUAACUGUCGGGACUUUAACAGUGUUUAUGAAAGAGUCCAGUACAAAUGUGAUAAGGAUAUUGAUGAAAUUUUCAACAGAGAAGAAACUUCUAAAGAAAAAUGCAGGGCAUACAAAGAAUUCAAAGACUGUAUCAAGGCUGAAAUGUCAGAAUGUUACGCUGAAGAUCUAGAUGAAUUUAUUGAUGACCAAUCAUGGACAUUUUUCUGGCGAUUUAAGGAAGAUGGACGGACAGAAGAAAAGGAAUGGUUUAACCUGGAACAUGAAAAGUGUGAAAGUAAUCUGUGCUGGUCAGAGAAGCUGAUCGUGAAUACAACUAUUGGACAUUGUAGAAGGCAUUUGACUCCAUUGUCUGGUAAAGGACAAAUGACAAAAGACAUCUGCAUGAAUGUGUUGGAACUGACAAAGUGUGUAACAGAUGAACUCCACAGAAAAAUGUGGCAGAUGUCAAACACAUCUUCAUCUAUGUCAAACAUGUCGUACCCUUCAUCAGAAAGGUUCAAAUGUGAAAGAAAAGAGAUACAGAAUUCAUUGUUGGAAAUCCUUCAUAAAGAAGAUUUGGAACAGCUUAUUACUGAUGAAUCAUUUGAUUUCUCAUCACUCAAUUUUGAAUUCUGUGAAGAAAUGGUGUGUUACCCACCAGGGUUAGCGUCACUUGCAAAAGAAGGCUGUGAACCAGCCUGGGAACAGUAUAUGGCUGACAGAAACUGCAUACAUUUCCAGAUGUAUAUGGGCUGUGUAAAAACAAAUGCUAUGAACGCUGGUGAAAACUGCACUUUCAGGGACAUUUUACACCUUAUGAGAACUUGGGGAGGAGAGGGUUUGGAUGUAAAUCCUAACAGGACAUUCUCAAUGUGCCCAGCAUGUCAGGAAAGCUGGGAUGUAGCAGAAGGUGUGAAGGUCAAUUGGACAAUAUACCGUGAAGAUGUGGGAUUCACUAUCUGGGCUAGCAAUGAAAAAUGGAGCCAGGGGAGAUGGAUUGGUUUUGGACUGUCAGAUGAUAACUUUAUGCCCAAUACUGACAUUGUUACCUUUGAGUGGAGUGAUACUGACAACAUUGUCUUGAAAAACAGAUUUGCGUCUGGAAAGAGUAAACCAGCAAUAGAUAAUGGACCUCACAACUACAAGUUUUGGGCAGGGACUGAUGAAGGUGGUAGUUAUGUCACAUAUUGGCGUUCAAGAUAUGCCAUUGAUACUGCCCAAGACAAAGUGGUGAACGGAUCAAAAUAUUUAUUGGUUGCAGUGGGAGAUCUGGAUUCAAGUUCUGAUAUAACAUACCAUGCAGGAAACAAAUGGUCCUCACCCUCUAGUUUUAAUUUUGAUUGCUCUAAUGAGGAGGCCGCAGUUAACAAGUUUGAGGCAGAAUUUCCAAAGAACUUUGAGGACAUGUGCCCAUACUGGGGCAUUAACCACUAUCACCUGAGAUAUACUUGUGCAAGCAAUAUGGAUGCAAGACACCUUUCUCAUGAUGACCAGUGCAUAUAUGAGGAAUAUGCAGUGGGUUGUAUGAAUGAACAAAUGCAGCAAUAUGGUUGCACCUUUGAGCAAACAAAGGGAGCACUUGCAAACCCAGAAACCGUAGAAGGAAUCUUUGAUCCAGAUCUAAAUUGUGGUGCAGUUUGGGAAUCUUUCAAUGACUGUGAUUACCAUAUAUUAUAUGCUGGCAAAAGUGUAACAGAUCGGUGUUUUUCUGCAAUUGCACCAUUUACACAGUUCAAAAUGUUUGGUAAAUCUGCUGAAGACAUAAAAAACCCAGAAGAAGACAAGCCAUUGAUGUGCAGCUUAAUGGAGAAUGCAAUUGGCUGUUUUAUGACACUGAAACCCUAUAAUGGUGAAGAAUGCAAUGCGACCUCAUUCAAGAAUGUAGUUAACAAAGAACUUGACAUAUACCAGAAAGUGUCUAUGCAUCAAAUGAAUGCCACUGCUGCACCACAGUUCACACCUGUGGAUUUCAGUACUUGUGAUAUAGCUGCUGAUUUAACUAUAAAUUAUGAUGAAUGUCCCCCAGCAAACACCAUUGUGGAGCAGCUUACAGCUCAGUGCUUUCCAAGUCUGUACUCAUACAAGAAUAACCAACCACUUACAGCAUCUUUGUGCUCGUGGACACCGAUCUUGACUAUCUGCUAUCAGCAUUCUUACAAUAUACGACUGGCAAAGUGUGAUAACAGAGAGAAGUCCAGUGCUCUAUUAGAAUAUGAUGACUAUAUAUAUGACGUCUCUGGUGGUUACAGUCUGAAAAAUUGCUCAAGUUAUGGAGAUUGCAUAGAGCGUUUAUCUGGCUAUACAGACUGCACAUAUAAAUAUUCGAAUCUCCAUUUACUUGCUCCACAAAUGAGCUUCACACAGAAAUGCACAUUGUUAGCUCACUACCGUCCUGAGACAAAAAUGUGCUUGGAAGGAAAAGAUGCAGCCUGUGAUAAAGAUGUGGAGGCAUUUAUUGUAAAUGCUAUUGACAUGAGUGAACCAAUGAGAAAUGCAUUCCCAGACCGGGAAAAGUGUUCAGAAGAUGAUAUAGACAUGUGUCAGUCAGUAAAACAGCUUGGUGUUAUGGAAUGUGGCUGGUUCAUGCUGGAUACGUCUAAUGAUAACUUCAACUGCCUAAUGAGGGACUGUUUUGAAAGGUUAAAUAUACCUGAAAAAUGUGGGCCAUAUGACAGACAAUUGCUUGCAGAGGAAACAAUCCGAGAAACAUACAGUCAUGAAGUAGGACCAUGUGAAGGCUAUACUAAAUCACCUUGUGACGAUGACUACUUCAAUACUGCAGUUACAGAUACCUGUAAAGAAGCUUGGAAUUAUUAUGACUUGACAAAAGACUGCAAAGAAUAUGAAGAUUUCCUGGUAUGUAUUCGAUAUAUGGCGGUGACUAGCAAAGAAUACUGCACGAUUCAAGAAAUACAUAACAAGAUAAAUGGUUCUGUGAAAGAAAAAGGGUUGCCAGCUGAAAUCUGCCCAGGCUCUGAUUUUAACGAUUUAGAAAGAAGGAUGGCAAAUGAUAGGAAAUCUGUAUGCUACAACCCACCUGCUACUGCCUAUCUUCUCAAGUACUACUGCAUCCCUGCCAACCUAGAUUACUUCAAUCAAAGUGAUGACACCAACAGAUGCAUGAUUGAGAGGAGGAUUCAGCACUGUGUGUUUGCCAUCACGUCCACUACCGCUGGCUGUACAGAUAUACAGGAGACAGCCGACGCUUUCAACUCUACAGAUGUACAAACUGCUCUUGGAAAUCCAGGAAUUCAUUGUGAUUCUGAGUUCCCAUGUCAAACAUACAUGAUGCUUGAUAUUGUACAAAGUGCGAAGAAGGUGUGCUUGCAAAAUACUCGAAGUAUACUCUACAUACCAGAUCUUCAUAAGGUAGAACCCUUCGGAGAAAACUUACAGGAUAUUUCUUUCCCUUGCAUGAUUUACGAACAAUCUGCUCUAUGUGUCAGUGGUAUCUAUAGAGAUAAAGAAACAGCAGUUGAAGACCCAUGUCCAGGAGAUCAGUUUGACGCAAGUCUGCAACGAUACCUGCCAGAACUUAUAAAUAGCUUGGUCAUUGAUGGACAAUAUGCUGGUAUGCCUGAGCCAAAGAAUGAUGCAUCCAGCAUUUACGCAGAAUGUAACGUAAAAGUUUUUCCAUUGGACGCUGAUUAUGACUGUUUAGAUGGUGAUCAGAUAAUAAACACAGUGACAGCUUCUUGUGCUCCAUAUGUUAUGGGUGUUUAUGGGGGUGCGGAAACUGUGGCUGAACAAUGCAGAAUGCUGUCUGCAUGUAUAGAAGGGAUGAUUGAAUGGCACAAAACGUAUAAUGUAUGUGAAGGCUACAUUGAUGCCCUGAUGGAGGCCAAAAUGAAUACCACCUAUGCUGCGUAUUUCCAACGUGUAACAGGACUGGACUGGACUAAGUGUGAGGAUGAACCAGGACACGAUGAGUUAUACAAAGUCGUGAUGGGAUUGAUUAACGAACCAUUCCAGGAUGAUUUCAAUGAUCUGGAUAGUCUCCCAUCCCGUGAAUUAAUUGAACGAAUUAAACCUUUCCUUGACAGGCUGAUCUUAACAAACAAGGGAUGGCUAUACAAAUUACUGAAACUUUCUUCCUCCGAGUUUGAGAGAAGAAAAAGGCAAGAGCCGCCUGUACCCGAAUUAUACAGUGGUAUAACAUAUGUGUUCCUAGAAGUGACAGCUGAUGAAAAUCCAGAAGCAAGAUUACGAGCAGCAAUUGAGUCAGAUAAUGACCUUACAGAAAACUUUGAAUUCAAAUCGGCAUUCAUAUAUGAAGAAGUAGAUUGUGGCAGAGUAUUGUGUGGCAGUCCUGAUUGUUCUACCAGGGAAGGGCAACAGUGUUGUGACCUUUGUAAAAACCCAGUCUGUGCUGCUGUUUCAUGCUUAGAACCAGAUUGUGAUAAUCCAUUUACCCCAGAGGGUGAAUGCUGUCCUCAGUGUCCAGAAGAGCCUUCACCAUGUACAGCUGAAUAUUUUGAUAUAGCCACACAGUACAAUUGUAAUCCAUCUUGGGAGUACUACAAAGUGACAAGUAAUUGCAAUGACUAUGUACAAUUCCUGUCAUGUGUAUGGUACCAAGACCUAGCAAGAAAUGGUAGACCUACAUGCACAUUGCAAGAAGUACAUGAUGCCAUGAAGAAUAAAACUAUUUGGAAUGCAUACCCAGCGAGAAUCUGUGAUGAGGGUGAGGGACUGACAUUGGAGUAUGUGACAUCUGUGUUUGCAACAACUAGAAAAGAGAUCUGUCUGAACUGGUAUAUAAACAGACACUUGUUGGAGUAUUACUGCCUGGGUGCGGAGGCUAACUAUAAAGACGAGACAGACACAAAAGAAAGCUGCUUAUCAGAGUUCAGAAUGCGUCGUUGUGUCAACAGUAUUACAUCAGAAGUAGGGUGCUAUAUAAACUCUACCAGCUAUGUCUUCAAUGAUGAACGCCUGAGAAGAGACCUACUGAAGAAUGAGACUUGUGACACAGAUUAUCCAUGUGAGAGAUAUACAAUGCUUGAUGUAGGAAAAAAACUAACUGAUAGAUGUCUCGGCAGUGCUGUUAACCUUUUAUACAUGAAAAGUGCAGAUUCGCUAAUGGGAUACAACCAUACAGUACCAUUUAGAUGUGUCACUUACAAGUAUACCGCGCAGUGUGUGUACAGAGAAUUUUCCUCGGAACCAGAAUUCACUUGUGAUCCAGAAGAACUUCAUCCAUCUCUUCUUUACCUAAUACACAUGAAAGCCACAUCCAACGAGGAGAUGGAGCCUCUGUAUGAAGUGCAGGAAAUUUUCUCAGAUUGUAGAGAUAAAUUAUCAACUAACAGUCUAGCUGAUUGUCCAGCUGAAGAAGAGCUGGUUACUAUGGUAACAGCUGCUUGUGGAAUACAUGUCAUUAAAGCUAUGCAGGAGGAAGAAUACGGAUCAACCGAGUAUGGAUGCAGAGCUCUGCAAGGAUGCUUUACAGGAAUGACAGAAUGGUACAGAGAAAGAAGAAUGUGUGUCAGUGAGAGCAAUGAUAUUAAAACAAGACUUGAAAACAUGCAGAAUAAUAAGGACUAUGCAGAGUAUUUCCAGAAUGCAACUGGAUUCAACUGGUUUGACUGCCCAUUUGAGAAAUCAACACACAGAGUGAUACUGGGGUUCCCAGAUGAUGUGUACAGUCAAGAAUAUGCUGACAUCAAUAGCCCUGCUGCCCAGAAUUAUAUUGCCUUUAUUACCCAACUGCUCAAUCAGUUGUUUGAAGGACGGUCGUUUAGAGUUACAAGAUUGUAUACAUCUGCUAGAACAAAGAGACAAACUGAUGGUAGUGGUGUGAAAGUGGAGGUAGAAGUUGAUGGAUCUGGCAUUACUCUAGCUAGUCUAAGAGAAAGAGCAGCAGAUCUGGAAAUAGCCGUUCGUGUUGAAUCAGUCAUACCAGUUAAUUUACCAUGUAAAAAUGGUCCUUCAAAUGUUAGCUGCUUUGCUGCACCUUGUGAUGUCAAUAGAUGUCCAAAUUAUCCUGAUGCAACUUGCAUGGACAAUUACUGUGAAGGUUGCAAUGCACAGUUUUAUUACAAUGGCUCUGAUGUGUCCUCAUUGUGCCAUGACGAAGAUCAUAAAAGGUGUGAACUGCCAGAAGACAGAGGAAAUUGUAAGGAAGAGCGGCUAUAUUGGUUUUAUAACAUGGAGAAAAUGAUGUGUGAACAGUUUUAUUACACUGGUUGUGCUGGCAACAAGAACAGAUUUAAUACAAAAGAACAAUGUGAACACUUCUGUCAAGAUGAAUGCAGUGGAGAAUGUGCAUGGUAUGAGAUGUGUAAUAAUGGUCAGUGCCAGUGUGGUGAUAUGUGCACAGCAGAUUAUGCGCCUGUGUUUUGUAACAAUGGAACACAUACAAGGAAUUUCAGUAACCAGUGCACCUUCAAAAUGGAGUCCUGUAGGGAGGGAGAGCCAUUUAAACCUGAAGAUUGUUCAGAACCGUCUUGCUACUAUGAUGGUAAGAUCUACGAAAAUGGGGAUUCUUUUAUGGAUAAGGACGACUGUAACAGGUGUUUUUGCAGCAGAGGAUCUAUAGGCUGUACAGAGAUGUACUGCCCACCAGGAUCUUACAGAGUGAUACUAUGGUUCGGAAAUGAUACGUACAACGCAGACUAUGCCAAUAUUAGUAGCCCUGCUGCCCGGGAGUUUAUUGCAUCUAUUACCCCCUUGUUGGAUCUGUUGUUUGAUGGAUGGUCUUAUGAAGUGAUAAAACUGUCUACGUCAGCUAGAACAAAGAGACAAACUGAAGAAGAUCUUGGCGUGAGAGUGGAGGCUAGAGUUAGAGGGACUGGUGUUACUCAAGAAAAACUAGUAGAAAGAGAAGAAAAUCUGGAUGAUGAGUUCAGAGGCCGCGCUGAAGUUGAAUCUGUUACUCAGAUUGACAAUGAAUGCAAUGGAGAAUGUGCCUGGUAUGAGGAAUGUUAUAAUGGUCAGUGCCAGUGCGGUGAGAUGUGCACUGAAGAAUAUGCGCCUGUGAUUUGUAACAAUGGAACACAUACGAGGAAUUUCAGUAACCAGUGCACCUUCAAAAUGGAGUCCUGUUGGGAGGGAGAGCCAUUCAAACCUGAAGAUUGUACAGUCUGUGCUGCUGUUUCAUGCUUAGAACCAGAUUGUGAUUAUCCAUUUACACCAGAGGGUGAAUGCUGUCCUCAGUGUCCAGAAGAGCCUUCACCAUGUACAGCUGAAUAUUUUGAUAUAGCCAGACAGUACAGUUGUAAUCCAUCUUGGGAGUACUACAAAGUGACAAGUGAUUGCAAUGACUAUGUACAAUUCCUGUCAUGUGUAUGGUACCAAGACCUAGCAAGAAAUGGUAGACCUACAUGCACAUUGCAAGAAGUACAUGAUGCCAUGAAGAAUAAAACUAUUUGGAAUGCAUACCCAGCUAGAAUCUGUGAUGAGGGUGAGGGACUGACAUUGGAGUAUGUGACAUCUGUGUUUGCAACAACUAGAAAAGAGAUCUGUCUGAACUGGUAUAUAAACAGACACUUGUUGGAGUAUUACUGCCUGGGUGCGGAGGCUAACUAUAAAGACGAGACAGACACAAAAGAAAGCUGCUUAUCAGAGUUCAGAAUGCGUCGUUGUGUCAACAGUAUUACAUCAGAAGUAGGGUGCUAUAUAAACUCUACCAGCUAUGUCUUCAAUGAUGAACGCCUGAGAAGAGACCUACUGAAGAAUGAGACUUGUGACACAGAUUAUCCAUGUGAGAGAUAUACAAUGCUUGAUGUAGGAAAAAAACUAACUGAUAGAUGUCUCGGCAGUGCUGUUAACCUUUUAUACAUGAAAAGUGCAGGUUCGCUAAUGGGAUACAACCAUACAGUACCAUUUAGAUGUGUCACUUACAAGUAUACCGCGCAGUGUGUGUACAGAGAAUUUUCCUCGGAACCAGAAUUCACUUGUGAUCCAGAAGAACUUCAUCCAUCUCUUCUUUACCUAAUACACAUGAAAGCCACAUCCAACGAGGAGAUGGAGCCUCUGUAUGAAGUGCAGGAAAUUUUCUCAGAUUGUAGAGAUAAAUUAUCAACUAACAGUCUAGCUGAUUGUCCAGCUGAAGGAGAAGAGCUGGUUAAUAUGGUAACAGCUGCUUGUGGAAUACAUGUCAUUAAAGCUAUGCAGGAGGAGGAAUAUGGAUCAACCGAGUAUGGAUGCAGAGCUCUGCAAGGAUGCUUUGCAGGAAUUACAGAAUGGUACAGAGAAAGAAGAAUGUGUGUCAGUGAGAGCAAUGAUAUUAAAACAAGACUUGAAAACAUGCAGAAUAAUAAGGACUAUGCAGAGUAUUUCCAGGAAGCAACUGGAUUGAACUGGUUUGACUGCCCUUCUGAAAUAUCAACCGGUUGUGAUGAAAUUUUGCGUCUUGGUUGGACAGACGAACUUAGAAAUCUUCAUUCUUUAAUGGCAGACAAAGAAAAAUGCAGGAUACUUAUCAAUGCCACAUGGCUGGUGUUAAAUGCAACCAAUGAGAAGUUUGGGGAAGAAGAUGUAAUGUCUUGCUUGCUAAAUAAAUUGUCAGAAACACUAGAUACAGAUGAACUCAAUGAACUAGGAAAGUGUGUUGAGAAUCAUUAUCGGCACAUAACAAUGCAAGUUAUUCCUGAACGUGAUUGGGAUCAAGCAUAUAAUGACCCUGACUCUAAGGAGCUUUCGAUGCUGAAACGAAAUGUAACAUCAGUGGUGACAAGUGCUUUGAGGAACACAAAUAUAUCUUCAUACAACAGGUUUAUAUUAAUCAAGGAAGUGAUGUCUGUAGAUGAUCCUGAAAAUCCAGGCAAAAAGAUGCCUGCUGUCAACAUGCAGUUACUUGUAGCUCUACCAGCAGAAUUCAGCUGGCCUGGUCUACAAGAAAACCUUCUUAAAGAGGCUUAUAUCAGGAAGAUUGAAUUAGGCGAAGAUUCUCAUAGCAGCACACCUCAAGAUGGGACGACCCAACCGACUAGAAAAUAAACUACAGUUGUUUAAAUAGACUUUAAAUUGAGAAACAUCCAAAUCUCAGUGAAAUUGUACAUUUUAGACUCUUUCGUGACUUAGACAACACUCAUCAUUAGUGCUUUUUUAUAUAUGACUUUAUUAUAUUUAUAUAGAACAAUAUCAGCAGAACUGUUUAUUAUUUAUGAUAUUAUGAAGUAGCAGGCUUUAGAAGUGCCUUCAUGAGUAGUUUAGUAGAUAGAUUUUGAAAUGUUUUUGUAAUGUAAAAAUUAUAUAGAGUAAAUAUUAUUUUCAUAUUAAAUUUAUCAUUUAUACAAGAUGUAUUCCACAGCAAGAGAUCUGAAGACUUUUCAAUAUACCUAUUAUAAAAUAUGAAAUUAACAAAGGAUUAUUUUUGAGAAAUUUUAUUAAACUGGACAAAGGUCCAGUAAAUGUUCAACAAGAGGAGUAUUGAGCUUACAGCAAAGUUAGAUUAAACUGAAAAAUGAAGGACCAUUUACAUAUUGUCCGCUGACGAACAAGCAUAUCAGCACCAUGUAAUAUUUUAGAUAGUAAACUGUAUGUGUUUCACAUAAUUGUUCAAUCUUAACCAAAAUAUUUUGUUUUAUUUUUUCUAACCCCUAAUAAUGUGGAAUCUUAUAAUGCCUCAAAAUAAUCAUUAUGUUGAUUACUAUUCAAUUUUUAGAAACCAGUAUCCUGGCUAUUCAAUUUUCAAAAGCCAAUAUCCUGGGAGUUAAAUUUUCAAAAGCCAGUAUUAUGAGUUUUUCAGUUUUCAAAAAACAAUAUACAUGGAGUAAAAUUUUCAAAACCAAUAUCCUGGGUGUAAAAUUUCGAAAUGCCAGUAUCUUUAAAUUUUCAGAAGUCAAUAUCCUGGGACUUAAAUUUUCAAAAGCCAAUAUUCUGGGACUUAAAUUUUCAAAAGCCAAUAUCCUACUGGUAAAAAAAACUGGAAAUACAUCUUGUACCCUUCAUUUGAUAUUAUGCAGCGCAUAAUACUUUUUCAUAUACUUUUGUUUUAUAUAUUUUGGACUUUUUUUAUACACACCACUAAUACUCAGACUUUGUACAUAUACUCAGAUUUUAUUAAUAGUGUUUUUCCUCUUUUUUUGUACAUAUAUACUAUUAUACAUAAGAAAUGUUCUUGUAGAGAUGAUUGUUGUAUUUUUGACAAGUGCUAUGCAGUAUGCAUAUUUACGUAUAACAUGUUUUGUCCGUGUAGAGCUUCGAAAAGUGCCAUGACAUGUGAAUAUUUUAUUCCUUAAAAUUGAAGAGGCACAUGUUUUCAUAACAUAAUAAAUUAUUCAUCUGUUGCACAAAGUUAAAAGAAAAAGAUAAAAAAUACGUGUAUGUGAGAUAUUUGUGUUUCAAAAAUCUUGAUAAAUAUAUUCAUUAAAAACUCUGAAAACUGGACCCUAGCUGUAUGGACCAAAUCAAUACUUGUCUUCAGAGGAUUCCAGUUUUCAAAGAGUCUGUUUUGCAAGGUUUAACUGUACAUGAAUAUUUAAGAGAAAAGAAUUUGCAGUAAACUGUUGAAUUAAAAGUGAGUUAAAGAUUAAACGUUUUAUUUCAUGUACCGGUACACCACCACAGAGUAAAAUCAUAAUUUCGAAAUUCACGAUUAGUCAUUUUUGGACAGAAUAUUUUAUCUUUUAAUGAUUUUGGUUGAUGCAUAACUAGGAUUCACUAUAGUACUCAAGAGAAAUAUUCAUUUAUUUGAAGGAUUAAACAUGUGCUAGUAGUUCAAUAUGUGUAUUCAUCAUGAGAAAAGAUGUUAGUUUAGUGCUAUAAUGAAAUGGUUUAAAAAAUACAUGUUCUUUCGACACAACUUCAGAAUAAGUAAACAAAUGCAUAUUAUAUUCAUAGCAUUUUGAAAAGUUAUGUGUCUGCUACAAAUAAAUAUGAUACGUUCUUAUAAAAUAAUAACAAAAUUAGGCAUGUAUAAUUAUUUCUCUAUGUGCACCCAACUGGUUUCUUUUGGCCAUAUUUAUGGCUAGGCCAGCAGGAAUAUAUAUGCAGGUCCUACAAGCUCGUGUUUUUAGGGUUCAUUUUUUCACUGGAAACAUUUGUGAGUAAGGUUUUCCACAAAAAUGCUUUCUGAAAACAUUUCCGAAAAUUGUAUGCAGGGUCUAGGACUAGUGUUUACAUGGAGCUAUAUGUUUGACACCUAUAAUUAUGUUUGUUUUUAUCACUUCAACGUUUGUUUGUAUUUUUCAAAUUUAAUAUCAAUUCAGCCAUAUCAGUUCUAUUUACACCAUGCUCUGCUUCUGUUUCCUCAAUUUUAUAGUGUUUUUUUCUCAUUGCUGACAUAUGCUGAACUUUACCAGCCACAUUUACUGUUAAUAAAAAUCUCUGGGAACAA